AUGGGAAAAAUUGAUUUGUACGCAAUUGGUGGAAGCGCGCCGAGUCGAGCUGUUUUACUAACUUUGAAAGCAUUGAAUGUGCCCUUCGAAUACAAACUUGUCAACUUAUUGACUGGUGAGAAUCGAUCACCGGAAUAUCUCGCCAUUAAUCCACAUGGCACAGUACCAACUUUAGUUGACGACGGAGAAAUACUCACUGAUUCCCAUGCUAUUAUUACAUAUGUGGUAGACAAAUACGGUACUGACGACUCACUAUAUCCAAAGGAUCUAGUCCUUCGCGCCAAAGUCAACCAAGUUUUAUUCUAUGAAGCCACCGUGGUUUUCGAUCGCACAUUCCUCACGAUUAGCAAAGCUGUAUUUAAUAACAACAAUGUGAUUCCGUUUGCCAAAAUUGAUGCCAUUUAUAAGGUAUAUGAGCAGCUGGAAGGUUUCCUGCAAGCACAUCCAUACGUGGCUGGCGAACAGCUAACGGUUGCCGAUUUCUCACUCGUGGCUACGGUAACAGCCUUAUUUACUUACGCCGAACUCGAUACGGGUAAAUAUCCGAAAAUCCAUGAAUGGGUUAGGCGACUGGAGGAGCUGCCGUACUAUGCCGAAGCAAAUGGUGCUGGAUUGAAGCAAUAUCGUGAUCUUGUAAAAGCAAUUGGUUUUAAGGUGUUGCGUUAA